CGCGAUGAUAUGAAUACAUAUAUUGCGAGAGCGGAUCUAGAAACUUACAUCUGCGACCAUCCUCUACCAUAGUAUCUCCUCAGACGCCAUGGAAGUCAUCAAACGGAAGCUGGAACGUUUCGGGGACAGGAUGAAAAAAUGGAGAAUCAACUUACAACGGCUGACACGAAUCGUCAAGGGCAAGGGUAAGGCGGGCCCGGUCGCCACAAGAACUCUGCCGCAGCUCCCGAUCGAGGUUUGGGAGAACGUGAUUGACCAUCUGUGGGACGACCGGGACGCUUUGAAGGCGUGCAUUUUCGUCUGCCGAGCAUGGUACUCUCCCAGUCGUUUUCACUUGCACAGACAGAUCGAGAUCCAGAGUGUGAAGGGUGUGAAGGCCUAUGUGAAGGAGCUGAAGCAGACGCCGGAGCUGUCGAAGCGGGCGCACAAUAUGACCAUAGACGGCAUUUGGGGGUCAGAUCUGUCAUCACUGUCGACGGCGGCGAUCCUGCUCGCUCGCAAGCUGCCUCGGCUGGAGCGGCUCACAAUCCGGCGUUCAGAGUGGCGGCCGUGGACGAUGCACAAAGACAUCUUCCUUCAUCUCUCCGCCUUCUCCGUCACUCGCCUCGUUCUCUAUGAUGUCACAUUUCCGUCGGUCACUGUCUUUGGGCGGCUCAUCUGUGCCUUGCCGUGCCUGGUUGAGCUCAAAUGCACCCAUCUGAUAUUCACGCAUGAUCACUUCCACCGCGAUGCAUUUGGUUUAUAUUGCAAUCGGGUCAAGAUUUGCUCCUUGUCAAUCAUGCUGAAACACACAGCUGUUCCCGAUAGCCUCAUCGACUUCCUCGCUAAUAUUUGCAUCUCGAGUCACUUGCAAAGAUGCAUUAUCCGUCAUGAUCCUUCCAGUGAAUAUUCACCGUACAAAGGCGAACUUCAACGAUUGUUGAAUGCUUCUCUUGGAUCACUCUCAGAACUGCAAUUCGAUCUUGAGCUUGCGCGCUCAGAACGACAGACAGAUACGGAGAUGUCUGCUGCAGAUUCGGUUUUAUCCCUCAAUCACAAUAUUUCGCUGCAGAGGCUGUGGCUAUGCAUCUGGAGAAUCCCUCAAUGUUCUGACCUGGACAGCUUGUGUCAAGCCUUACUUUCAAUCAAGUCAGGCCAGCUUCGAGAGGUUGUGAUAGCGUUUAUUUACCCUUAUCGCGUACCUCGUUUCAUGGAGGCAGUGAAGAACGUGCUCAAAAUUCACGAAUCGGCUUACCACCAGAACAUGGACAAGUAUCUUUCAUCCGAUCCGUUCAGGACACUGAGCAAAGUAGAAUUUGUGCUUGUAGCUCUUGAUGUUUUUAGCAAAGAUCUCGAAGAAAUAGCAGUUACAGCGGCCGAGGAGCAGUGGAAGCAAAUCUUUGCACCGCUGUUCCCACGAUUGACCAAGCGAGGUAUCUUCCACGCCACAGUGAGGGAACAUGGAUAUAAAGACACUUUUUGAUCAUCGCGGCCAUUGUAUCUCCAGCAGACGCUUCCCGCGUUCGCGGUCUUGUCUUCACUCUGGCAACAAUUAACGGCAUGCACAAGUGGUCUGCGGAAAUUUCUACCCUCGUCUCUCCGGCUCCUCGAGUUGUCGUACGGCCCUGCAGUUUCAUGGCCAUACACACCGCGGUCUCUUACACAAUCCCCUGCUCCACA